GCUCAGAACCCCGCAGCUCCCCACAACAGCAGAUUUGCCCCGCAGCCUCGCCUUCAAGUUUCCAGCAAACUGUCCACUGUUUGCAUUGGCACACGACGCUUAUGCCGAAGGUGCCGACAGGCUGUGAACAUACCUGUGGCCGAAAGACCCGACACGCCUCACUUCCAGUACCCUCGUGUACGCCACUCCACUGUUCCGACGUAUUAUUCCAUUCCAACAAUAAGUGCUCCUGUCAGUCAUGGCGGAGGAGUCGAAGCAGGUCGAUCCGACCAAGGAGCGCGACGCCCAAGUCACCGCCGAGGCCGGGGAUAACCUCACCUCUGGCAAACAACCUACCGCCGAAUCUGACGAAGAAUCCGCCUCGGAAGCUGAAGAAGGCGCCACAAAAGAUGCUGCUGCGGCCGGCGACGGUGAAGGAUCGUCAAAGAAGAAGAAGAAGAAGAGCAAGCGAAAGAAGGUCAAACAGACGCUGAUCGAGGCGCUGGGCGGGGCUGCGGCAGGCCAGGCCGCCAUUGAUCCAAAGAAGGCGAUUGAAGGCUUGACGCCCCAACAGAUCAACGAAUUUAUGGCCCUCAACCCUGCGCUGGCCAAUGAGCUCCGUGCCGGCGAGGGGUCCUCGAACAACACCGCUAGCGCCAUCGAGGCGUUCAAGAAACUCAAGCUUCAGGACAUCAUGACCGGGCUAGCCAGCAGCGGGAAGAACCGCAAGGACAUGGCGUCGUACAAGUUCUGGAGCACACAGCCAGUACCGCAGUUUGGGGAGGAGCCGGCCAAGCUCAUUGAGGAGGGGCCGUUGAAGAUUCAGGAUGUAAAGGACAUUGCUACUGAGCCAAUCCCUCUUGCUCUCGAGCAGUUUCGCUGGGUUACAAUGGAUCUUACCAACGAACACGAGCUCGAGGAGGUUGAGAAGCUGUUGUACGGUCACUACGUCGAGGACGACGAGGCCAUGUUUAGGUUCAAAUACUCUGCCUCGCUUCUUAGAUGGUCUCUCCUGUCCCCGGGGUGGAGGAAGGAAUGGCAUAUUGGGAUACGCAGUGGAAACACGCUUUGUGCCUUCAUCUCGGCCAUCCCGACCAAUAUUCGGGUGCGGGACAAGGUCCUCCGCGGGUCCGAAGUCAACUUCCUAUGUGUUCAUAAGAAGCUGAGGGGCAAGCGUCUCACGCCGGUGCUGAUCAAGGAGGUUACGCGGCGCAUCAACCUUGAGGGCAUCUGGCAAGCCAUCUACACCGGCGGCAUCGUUCUCCCCAAGCCGGUCAGCACCUGCCGUUAUUACCACCGCGCAUUGAACUGGAUGAAGCUGUAUGAGGUGGGCUUUAGCCCUUGUCCGCCAAACAGCAAGCCCGCCAUCCAGGCCAGGAAGUACAAAGUGCCCGAAAAUACGUCGCUCCGCGGGCUUCGUGAGAUGGAGGCCAAAGACCUAGACGCAGUGCAUAGCCUCCUUGAGAGGUACCUGAAACGGUUUGAGCUUACCCCAGAAUGGAAUAAGGAGGAGGUCGAGCACUGGUUGCUGCACAAGAAGGACGCGCCGGGAGAGCAGGUUAUUUGGUGUUAUGUCGUGGAGGACGACUCUGGGAAGGUCACUGAUUUUUUCUCCUUCUACUGCCUCGAAUCCUCCGUGAUCCAAUCGAGCAAAUAUUCGUCGAUUCGCGCGGCCUACCUAUUUUACUACGGCACCGAGGUCGGCCUUACUACUCCGGUGGACCGCUCAGCGCUGAAGGCGCGCCUAAACGCCCUCAUAGCUGAUGCGCUCAUCCUGGCCAAGCGACACAACUUUGAUGUGUUCAAUGCUCUGUCGCUGAUGGACAACCCAAUGUUCCUUGAGCAGCAGAAGUUUGGCCCGGGUGAUGGCCAGCUUCAUUACUAUCUCUUCAACUACAAGGCUAAUCCCAUCCACGGAGGAGUGAACAGGAUGAACCAGCUGGAGGAUGGAGUCGAGAGCGGUGUUGGUUUCGUCAUGCUUUAAUCGUCGGGCGCGGUGGCCACUGGGAGGCGGAUGUAUGUGUGUGAAAUAUCAUGUGUCGCGGAACUUGUUGGCAGUAUCCCAGUGGAAAUGAGACAUGUGUGUUGCUGAGGAACAGCAAGC